GGGGACACCUGGGCGAUACUGAGGGAUACCCGGGGGGUACCGGGGAAACUCGGGGUGCGCUCCGGGCUUGCGGGGUGCGAGUGCCCAGGGGCCGGUACAGACCCGGGAGCCCCGCGUUGGGAGUUUCUUCCCCCCUCGGCCGUGGCUGUGACUGAAGCCAUCGGCUUCCGCUGGGCCUCAGAGCAGAAAAAGAAAAAAACAAGAAAGAAAAUGGUUGCCCAGGUGUUGUAUAGCAGAUUAAUUUAGGAAUCUGUAAUUACAGCAGCAAAGGCUGAGUGGAUGUUCCUUCAGAUAAGUGCCAAACAAUGUUCAGAGGAUCUAAAAUUCCCCUGAAAGUUAAAGAAAAUGAACAGAAGAAGGAGGCUUCUUUCCCUCUGUCAGGAGCCCAGAAGAGCUGCAUAGUGACCCAGUCCAAAGUCACCAGACCAUCCAGGAAGGAGAAUCUCACUGAUGGACACCAGACACGGUCACCAAAGUGUGUUCUGAAGUGCCCCAAAGGCCCCAAGGAGAACUGGUGUCCCCCGCAGGGGGCUGUUGUGGGCUGGCAGCUCCCUGGGGGCUGCUCUGGGCCUCUCAGGGGGGAUGUGCUCCCUGUGCCCCCCUUGCCCUUCCACACCAGGGGGGAUUUGCCCAGCAGCCCAGCUGUUCCCUUAGGAAGUGACUUCUCCACUCCUGAGAGGGACAAAGUGGAAGGAAAACCUGAUUUUGGAGUGUCUGAGCAGAGGAAAAAGCCCAUUGGAAUUGCUGCUCUGCUGAGUCCUGAGUGUGGGAUUGCUCGGGAGAGUUUUGGAACACGACCCACAGGGACUUCCCCAACUUCACUGAAAUUUAGGAGAAGAUCGACCAUUGGGUUGAGGGGAUCACCAGAAAACAACACCCUGAUCCGGUACCUGGCCCAGCAGAGGAGCAGCAGGCAGACAGAGCCUUUCACCCAGAUCAGUCCUUUUAAACCUGCAAAUGUGAGAUCACUGAAGGACAAGAUCAACACUUUCCAAGCCUCCUUUGAAUCCCUGCAGGAAGCUGAGGGGGAGCCUGGGCUUUCUCACCUGGGGGAGCCUUCCCAGCCAGGAGGCUCCUCCCAGAACAAAGCACCUUUUAAAAAAGAGCCAAACCUGGAGCAGUGGAGUGAAAAGCUCAUGUUGGGCAACAGAGGAGCUGCUUUGAAAGAAAAUUUAAGAGAAAAUGGGACCAAGAGCAGCAGGAGUGAGCUCAGGAUCUGCAGCAUCUUGUCCCCACACCGAGCUGUGACUGUCACUGAGCCUGCUGCUGCACAGGAAGGGGUUUAUGAGCAGCCAAAUCCCAUUAAAUCCUUGGACCCUGCUGUAACUGGAGAUACCCUGGAAACAGGCCAUGUGUCCCAGCUGUGUGCUGGCCCUGAAGUGGACAGGAGUGAGCCCAGUGGCCCUGGGGGUGCUGUGCCAGAGCUCAGCACCAGGAGGGCUGGGGCUGUGGAGGGUGUGAGCCUGGCAGUGCAGGCUGGAGGCCAGGCCCCUGGCAGCCCUGCCAGCAGUGACCCCUGCCAGAGCAGCUCCCUGCUGAGAUCCAUCCUGAAGAGAACCCCAGCCAAGGAGCUCCUGGACAGCCCCAGGGCUGACUCGGGGCCUGCACCAAGGAGGAGCUUCCAGGAAUACUUAAACAGUGCCAUUGAUGGAGGAGGUGAUGAAUCUGCUGCAGUCUCCAGUUGUGUAAAAGCCUCUGAACCAUUGCAAACAGAGAGAGCUGACAGUCAGAGCUACAAAACACCAAAGAAGAAAAAAGUGACAUUUGGGGAAGUUCUGAGCCCCGAAAUCUUUGACCAGAGCCUGCCUGCCAACACCCCCUUGCGCAGAGGAGCCUCCCCAGGGCAGAGCCCCUGGGCAAGGCCGGGCCCCUCCGAGGAGCCUCUGCCCCUCCUGGACUUUGGCUGGGAUGAAGAAGGUGUUGAGCCUCUCCCAGAAUUCCUGGAGGGUUCAGAAGCCCCUGCAGAAGCCCCUUCACCUGUUGAAAUUGCAGAAGUAGCAGAGACUGACAAACCUGAUGUGGUAACAACUCGUUCUUCUACUAAGAGGAAGCAGGGCAGGGCCGUGGCACAGGACCCUGACUGGAGCAGCUCAGGAGCCACAAACACUGAUAAGGACGAAGGCACUAAAAACCCAGGAAGGAGCAAGAUCCAGAGACAGAAGAAUCCAACCACAGCUGCUCCCAAGAAGACCCAGAGAAAAAAACCUCCCACCUAUGGGAAAAGAAGAAAGAAGAAAGUCAAGAAAUCUUUGUAUGGGGAAAGAGAAAUGGCUUCUAGGAAACCCCUUCUCAGCCCUAUCCCUGAAAUCCCAGAGGUUUUCUCUUCUGUGUCAUCUCCAAACUCACCAAAGGCAGAUCAACUUUUUACAGAGGGUGCAGGUCUGGGUGAUCCCAAGUGCAGGGACUCUGCCCAGGAGCCCCAGGCUGGAAGGAUGUGUGGGAAGGGGCUCUGUGCCCCUGGGCUCCUGGAGGAGGCAGCAGCCACCAGCUCUGGGCCUGCAGGCUCUGAGGUGCCAGGGAGCCUGGCAUGUGCUCCUGGCACUGCUCCUGAGUUUUCAAAUGCUGUGCCAGAUGCAGGAGGUGAUUUUGAUACAUCUGAUUAUUUCCAGCAAGGCGAAGAGACUCCAGGUGAAAAAGAAGCAAAAGAAAGCAGUUCCUUGAUAGAAAAGGAAGAAUUACAAGGAAAUCUCAUAGCUGGGCUGGAAAUUCUGGAACAAGAGGAUGUGCAGGAGGGGGCCCAGAGAUCCAAGUGUCCUCAGAAGGAUUCUGUCAGACGUGAUCCAGCAAGGAGAAGAAGAAGAAGCAGCAGUGCCUUCUACUUCCCUCCUGCUGAAAACUUGGAAAUAACUGGGGCUGAUCUUCCAGUUUGCUCUUACAGUGUGGAAGAAGCUUUGUCAGUGCCCCAGGCAAAGGAGGGAUCCCUGCAGGCCUGCAGGAGGAGGAGCAGGGCCAGUGCUGAGGUCAGGGUGAGGCGCAGCAUGAGGCUGAGCAAGGAUGCAGGCAGUCAGGGACUUGCCUGGAUUCAGCUUCCCAGUGAGAUUCCCAGGGAGCCUCCCCUCCCAGCUGCUCCCAAAGGCAGGAGAAGCAGCAGCACAUCCAUCCUGGCAGGAUCUGAGAAUGUUCAGCACAGGGAACAAAACCUCCUCCCCUUCCCAGCCCCAGGGAAGGAGAAUGAGCACUCUGCUCCCCUUGCUGCAGGUCCUGGCAGGAGGUGGAGGAGGAGAAGCCUCUGUGAAGCCACAGCUCAAGAAACGCCCUGGGCUCCCACCCAGAGAAGGAGAAGCACAAACUCUGUGUGUGGGAAGGACAGGAGUGACCAAAAACACUCGGAAGCAGCAGAAACUCUUGAGCUAAGAUUGAAAGAUGUUUCAGGCAUCUCUGAUUUUCUGAAGUGAAGGUGCUUCUUAGGCCUUGUGUUGUCUCUCAAGUGCAGUUUUCUUCUCUUUCCCAGUUGUAUUUCCUCACGUAUUUUCUUAAUCAUUUUCUGGAUAACUUAGAACUCAUUUUCCUUGUCUUGAUGCCUUAAAUGCUUGAAGAUCUGAACUGUGUGGCAGACUGGCUCAGAGCAUUUGUCUGGUACACUUACAGCACCUCAUGAAGAGAAUUAAAAAACUCUCCCUGAUAAAUGUGGAUUUGUCUUUAGCAGCUAAACCAGAGUCAAAUGUGUCCUUCCAGCUACACUUAGUCCAAGGCUUUGUUUCCCAUGAGUGUGACCAUUGCUGUUGAAAUCUGCAUAUAUUUCCUUCUAGAUUGCAAAAAUACACUCAAAAGAGAUUGUCUGCAAUGAAUAAAGGAAUCACUUGCUCCCCUUUCAAGAAGUGGGAAACCUGUUUCUAUCUUCUGAAAAGGCUUUGGGCAUGAGCAGAGGUGGAGUUCCUUAGGGUAAGAUUUAGUGUUAGAGUUCAUGAACAAUUCUCUGGGGGUCAUUAAAGAAAAAAAAAAGCUU